GUUUCAGCUUCUCGUCAAAACAAGUAGUUUAACUACCCAAUUAGUGUUGGUAAUACUGUUCUUGAAAAUGAAGAAGCUGCUUUCAUCAAUGCUUGUUGUCUGUGUCUUUCUUUUCCAUUUCUCGGUGGCCUUGGCUUCCGCCUCCCAGUCACCAACAGUCAUUGUCAUCGGAGCAGGAAUAUCAGGAAUUGCAGCAGCAAAAACUUUACAUGAAGCAGGAAUACAGGAUAUACUGAUAUUGGAAGCAACUCCGAGGAUUGGUGGCCGUUUAAUGAAGACCCAGUUCAGUGGUCUUACAGUUGAAAAGGGAGCCAAUUGGCUUUUUGGUGGGGGACCUGUUUCUAAUCCCUUAUUAGACUUGGCCAAAAAGCUCAAACUCAGAACUUAUAUUAAUGACUACGAAAAUAUCACAUCCAACACGUACAAACAAAAUGGAGGACUCUACCCAAAACAACUAGUGGAGGAAGUUGAAGAGGUAGCCACUGCAAGGGAUGAUUUCUGCGAAGCUUUUUCGAAAAAACUAUCUGCCAAGAAAAAGGAUAUUGACGUCUCUAUUUUGGCUGCUCAACGCAUGUCCAGAAAGGUACCCAGAACUCCACUUGAAAUGGUAGUAGAUUACUAUCAUAAUGACUAUGAAGAUGGAGAGCCGCCAAAAGUAACAAGUUUGAAGCACACAUAUCCCAGAAACGAGUUUGUAGACCAUGGAGAGGAUCCAUACUUCGUGGCUGAUCCUAGAGGGUUUGAGAUUAUAGUUCAAUAUCUUGCUAAACAGUUUCUUUCGUCUUUGACUACAGAUCCCAGGCUUAAGCUUAAUAAGGUAGUUAGAGAAGUAAGUUACUCAAAGAAUGGAGUUACUAUAAAAACUGAAGAUGGUUCUACCUAUAAUUCCAAGUAUGUUAUUGUGUCUGCUAGUGUUGGUGUUCUCCAGAGUAAUUUAAUAGAUUUCCAGCCAAAAUUACCUACAUGGAAAAGAAUUGCAAUUUCAGAUUUUAGCAUGACCAUAUACACUAAGAUUUUUCUCAAGUUCCCUUACAAAUUCUGGCCUGCUGGUCCUGGAACUGAGUUCUUUCUUUAUACCCAUGUCAGGCGCGGUUAUUAUCCUCUUUGGCAGCAUUUGGAGAAUGAGUAUCCAGGAUCAAACAUUUUAUUCGUAACUGUAACAGCUGAUGAGUCAAGAAGGAUAGAGCAAUUAUCAGAUGAAGAAAUUGAAGCAGAGACAAUGGAAAUACUUAAAAAAUUAUUUGGUGAUAAUAUUCCAAAACCAGAAGCAAUGCUUGUGCCCAGAUGGGGCUUGGAUAAAUUCUACCAAGGAAGUUACUCUAAUUGGCCUGAUAGUUACAAUCAAAAGCGCAAAGACCAUUUAGCUGAUCCUGUCGGUCCAGUUUACUUUACAGGAGAGCAUACCAGCGAUAAGUAUAUAGGAUAUGCAACUGGUGCUUAUUUGGCAGGUAUUGAUACUGCUAAUGAUUUAAUUGAGUGUAUAAAGAAGAAAUCUUGCAAAGGAGUUCUGUAAGAAAAGAGGGUGUCGUGUUGAGUUGUGAGUAUCCGAGGCAAACAAGGAGUUCUGUUCCAUGAUUUCCAUCCCUGGCAAUUUUUUCAACAGGAACUGUUCAAUUUGGCCCUUUCACAAUUGCUGUUGCGUCUAUGUUACGUUUGAUUUGAUUUGAUUGUAUGACUUUUCUUGUCCAAAUCCAAAUAGAUGAGCUGUUGAAAACGAAGUUUCUUUCUGGGUUAAAAAUCUUUAUUAUAUUAAUUUUGUUGUAGUGCUCUGGACAAGAAUUUAUAAUUGAGUAUUCAGAUGAAACUUUUCAGUUUUCA